GAGAGAGAGAGAGAGAGUUGGAGAGAGAGAGAACGAGAGGGAGACAGAAGGCGAGAGGGAGAGACUGCUGCUGCUGUUCUGAUCCACAGACGCCCGACUGGACUACUGGGGCAUACUCCGCUUUGGCCAGCUACACAGCAGUAGCUCAGAUCAGCAGCUGAUCUGACACACACACACACACACACACACACACACACACUCACACACACACACAGACACACACACACACACACACACACACACACACGCGCAUGCAUUCACAUGCGUCUCCUUGGUCUCUCUCACUAACCCACUGGCCGAGAAAGCUCGUUAUUCUCAUCGUGUGAAGGAGGACACACAGAGAACGUGUGCGCAAGAGAGAGAGAGAAGGGGAGAAAGAGAAGGAGAGAGAGAGAGAAAGAAAGAGGGAAAAGGAGAGACUUGUGCCUUUCUCUGAAGCCUGCUUCUGAGCAGCCCUUGGACACACAUCACCUUCUUUUUUCUCUUGUUCGUUUCUUCAUCGCCGGUUUUUUUCUCCUACUGUGAUUCUGCCGGCGUUUUUGACUUUUAGCUGUUUUAUGUUUUUUCGCAUUCUUAUGAUUCGCCCCAAGCGCACGACAUGGUCGAGCGUGCCCUCGUAGAGUCCCGCGCCGUCGCCGAAGCCCCAAGGCAUGGAGAAGUCAAGUAGCGAGGAAUCGGCCAUCCACCGUAGUCCUUCCCUGGACAGCCACGACUCGGAGUUUGCGCGCGCUUCUGCCGCCACCGGGGGCCGGCGCUUUGGGGGCCGCGGUUUCACCGCCGGUGCUUUUACCCAUCGGGCCCCGCUGGGCCACCGCCUUACCGCCGCCGCCAGGCCCUCGCCGAAAGGCGCCAACCCGGGUGGCAUCACUGCCGCCGGCCCCACUGCCGCUGGAGACAAGGGCAGCGAGAACAAGUACAAGGCGCCCAAGGGCAGCAAGUACGUGGUCUUUUACCUGGAUCUGUCCUUUGUCUUCCUCCUAGAGUUCAAGAAGUGCAACAUGGCGCGCGGGUGCCUCUGCUGUCUCAAGUACAUGAUGUUCCUCUUCAAUCUCAUCUUCUGGUUGUGCGGUUGCGGUCUACUGGGCGUGGGCAUUUGGCUCUCGGUGUCCCAGGGCAGUUUCGCAACCUUUUCGCCUUCCUUCCCCUCUCUGUCCGCCGCCAACAUGGUCAUCGCCAUCGGGGCCAUCGUCAUGGUGACCGGUUUCCUUGGCUGCCUGGGUGCCAUCAAGGAAAACAAGUGCCUGCUUCUGAGCUUCUUUAUUGUCUUGCUGGUCAUCCUGCUGGCUGAGCUCAUAUUGCUCACCCUGUUCUUCGUAUAUUCUGACAAGGUCAGUGAGAAUGCUAAGCAGGAUCUGAAAGACGGCCUCGCACUCUACAACACAAACAACAACAUCGGCCUGAGGAAUGCCUGGAACAUCAUCCAAGCAGAGUGGAAGUGUUGUGGAGUGACUGGCUACACAGACUGGCACGAGGCCCUGAAGGAGAAAGUGGUACCCGACCGCUGCUGCCAAGAGCACUACCAGGAGUGUGGGCGCAACUCCACCAACAUGUUCUGGAACCGGGGGUGCUAUGAAAAAGUGGAGGAGUGGCUUGAUGACAACAAGAACCUGCUGUGGACGAUCGCCAUGGUUAUCUUGGUCGUGCAGCUCCUGGGCAUGGCUUUCUCCAUGACGCUGUUCCACCAGAUCCAUCGGACUGGGAAGAAGUAUGAAGCCUAACGGCAUCGACACCCUCCACAUCCAACCAGCCCUCCAUCCCUUUAACCCCCACCCACCCAC